AUCGGCCUACCCGAACCGGCCCUUUUACCCGAGAAUGAGUUACUCGUGAGGCGCUGCCUUGAGAGAAACACACCAACGAGGAAUUGAGGGAGGCAAUGGCAGACGAACCCACCCCAGAACCCGGAACCAGCACCUCCUCCUCCGCCGUCAACGGCGGAAAGACCGUCAACGAAUGCCAGGACAUGAUUCGGAGAAGCCUCCGAACUCCGAUGGUGAAGUUUCUGCUGGAGCAUCUGGAGAAAUCUGGGUGUGGGAUUGGGGACGGGUUCAUCAAGGCCGUUCAUUGCGAGAAGAAGAUUGCCGGAGGAUACACCCGAGGCGGAGGGAUAAUGGUGUGUAGUAAUCACAUGAACAUGCAAGAUGAGGUCAACCAAGUAGUGAUACAUGAGCUAAUUCAUGCUUUUGAUGAUUGUCGGGCUGCAAACUUGAACUGGGCUAAUUGCGCUCAUCAUGCUUGUAGCGAGAUUCGUGCUGGCCAUCUUAGUGGUGAUUGCCACUAUAAACGUGAAUUUUUGCGCGGUUUUAUGAAGAUUCGAGGCCAUGAACAAGAUUGCGUGAGACGGAGAGUUAUGAAAUCGGUCACUGCUAAUCCCUACUGCUCAGAAGCAGCAGCAAAGGAUGCCAUGGAAGCUGUGUGGGAUGUUUGUUACAAUGAUACGCAGCCCUUUGACAGAGCCCCUUGAAAUACAAUGACAGGUAUCUGUAUUGGAGACUCGGGCCUUUUAGGAGAAACGUUGUUAUUCUCCGAUUUUUAGUGGCAAAUGAUAUAUUUCAGCAACAAGAUUCAUUUUUUUUUUUCAAGAAAUUUCCUCAAAGUGUUCUUUCGCAUGAGGAUUUCUUACUGUUACAGAUUGUCAUACAGAUUGUACAACAAUGAUUGACAUUUGCUUCUGUUACAUUUCAAAAGAAUAAGAAUUCCCUUGUUAGCUUUUGCCUUCAAUUGAAGGAACAA